GACUGAAAAGAAACAUUGAUACUCAAGUAAACGCUCCCUUUUCUGCUCCACCAGUCUGCCAUGGGUGUUGGGAAGUCUAAACUCGAUAACUGCCCUCUCUCUUGGCAUAAAAGACACAGUGUGGGUGAAGACCAUGGGUGCCAGGAGACAGAAGACAAGAGCUCUGAAGAUGUGUCCUUGUGUGGUUUCAUGGAGCACAGCAAUGGAGCAGGGCAGCCAACAGGAGAGCAGGAGGGAGCUGCGGCACAAGGGGAGAUACCUGAGGAGGACGCUGAAGAAGAGUUCCUCAAAUUCGUGAUACUGCACGCAGAAGAUGACACAGAUGAGGCCCUCAGGGUCCAGAAUCUACUACAAAAUGACUUUGGCAUCAGGCCUGGAAUAAUUUUCGCCGAGAUGCCGUGCGGGAGACUGCAUUUGCAGAAUCUCGAUGAUGCGGUGAAUGGGUCUGCAUGGACGAUCUUGUUACUGACUGAGAACUUUUUAAGAGACACCUGGUGCAACUUCCAGUUCUACACCUCCCUGAUGAAUUCUGUGAACAGACAACACAAGUACAACUCCGUCAUACCCAUGCGGCCCCUGAACAGCCCUCUUUCUAGGGAAAGGACUCCCUUGGCGCUACAAACCAUCAAUGCCUUAGAGGAAGAAAGCCAAGGCUUUUCUACACAAGUGGAGAGAAUUUUCCAGGAAUCUGUGUAUGCGAGGCAACAGAGUGUAUGGAAAGAGACACGAAAUGUGAUGCGUAGACAGUGUAUUGCCUGAGAUGAAGCAUAUACCCGCUGGCUCCUGUUUUGUAA